UGUACGUGGCGUGGCGGGAGCGGUGCAGAAGAAGCCAUGCCAUUUUAUCAUCGUUCUUAUAAUCAAUCGGAGGCUUCUAUAAGAAGAUUGUUAUAGCCGGAGGAAGUAAUCAAGUUUCUUAUCCCGACGAUCUCAUUUGGACGGCAAUGGCGAGUUCCGGCGCGACGGAGGUGAAGAAGUUGAAGUUGUAUUCCUACUGGCGAAGCUCUUGCUCUUUCCGUGUUCGAAUCGCUCUCAACUUGAAAGGUCUCGAUUACGAAUAUUUGUCCGUUGAUUUACUCAAAGGAGAUAAUCACGAUCCCGAGUUUAAGAAAGUUAAUCCAAUUGGUUAUGUGCCUGCUCUGAUUGAUGAGGAUGUACUCAUUGCAGACAGUUUGGCAAUAAUACUGUAUCUUGAGGAGAAAUAUCCUCAACAUCAUCCUUUGUUGCCAAGGGAUCUUAAGAAGAAAGCGAUUAACUAUCAGGCUGCAAAUAUUAUUGGAUCAAGCAUCCAGCCUCAUCAGAAUCUAUCUGUUCUGAAAUUUAUUGAGGAAAAAAUUGGUCCUUAUGAUAAGGUUCCUUGGGUUCAAAGCCAAAUUGAGAAAGGCUUCUCAGCUGUUGAGAAGGUAUUACAUGAGCAUGCAGGAAAAUAUGCAACUGGAGAUGAAGUUUGCUUGGCCGAUGUUUAUCUAGCUCCUCAGAUACAUACAGCUAUCGACAGAUUCGAAAUGGAUAUGAGCAAGUUCCCCCUUCUGUCUAAGUUGUAUGAAGCUUACAUGGAGCUACCUGCUUUCGUCAAUGCUUUGCCAAAAAAUCAGCCAGAUGCCCCUCCUCCUCAGUGUUAAGGGAAACAGGUAAUCAUCAACCUUAAUCAACUGUCUCAAGAGCACUUUUCCUUUUCCAAUAAUACUAAACCUAAUAAACAAAUGAGCCAAUGUUAGGGUUUGUUCAUAUAUAGGGUUAUUUGAAAAUAAUCUUGUUUCAUGAGAAACUGUAUUAUUUUUGUCAAAAUAUCCUUGUAUAGUUGUAUUCUGUAUUACUUAAUUUAAAAAUAGUUGAAUAAUAAAUCUAA